AUGAGCGCGGCGGAGAUCGCGCAGGCGCUGAGCGACAAGCGGUUGCAGCCACGGGGCGAGCGAGUGCUGGUCAAGCUCGAUGAGCCCGAGCAGAAGUCAGCGGGGGGCGUGCUGCUGCCCACGCAGGCCGUCAAGUACGAGCGAUACCUCACGGGGCAGGUGGUAUCAGCGGGAGAGGAGGUGAAGAAGGCAUCAGCGGGGCAGAAGAUCAUGUUUCCCGACAUGAACGCCUAUGAGGUGGCAAUUGGGGAUGGUUCCGACAGAUUCUGCUUUGUGAGGGAGGGAGACAUCAUGGCUGUGGUUCAAUAG